GGAAAUUAUGCUCACAUAUUUCUGCACGUUCUUCAAUCUGGGCAAUCAUACCGAGAAUUUCGCGAGUCAUUAUCACGUCUCCGGAGCAUGGAGAUCGUGCGGGCCAGCAACUGGCGGAGUUCUAUAUAUGGGCGCCCAGUCGCUGGUGCUGCAUUGAGUUCUGUGGUGUCGUCGGUGCUAUGAGAGUGUUUCUGGUGGUUUUGAGUGUGCUGGCUGUGACGGUGGCCAUUAAGUGUCCGUAUGCGGCAAUCGAACCCUUGGCCAGGUCCAAACGGAGUGCUUUUGAGAUUCGACCAAGUGUCAGUGAUGGAAGCUUGGAUGCUCUGAUCAAGGACUUUAUGCCCAAGUACAGUGCCAACAAUGUGCACACCACUUGGGCUGAGCCCCCGCGUUUUGGUCCGCAUCAGGCUUUAAAAUGUGGUAUUCCACCUCGAGACUGCUUAAAUGAUACGCGGAAUCUGCAAUAUCGGAGUAUCGAUGGUUCCUGCAAUAACCUGUUGUAUCCUGACUACGGAAUUUCCGUUUCCCGAUAUGGAAGACUUCUACCUCCACGGCAAGUGGAGCAGGCUCCGAAUGCCCGGUUGAUCUCCUUGUCCCUGUACGGCGAGGAGACAAUAAACGAUAGAUUCCGCACCAUGGCGUCCAUGCAAUGGGGACAGUUUGUGGCCCACGACAUCAGCCAGUUGAGCUUGCAGGGAGCUCCGCGGGAUUGCUGUGCCGAGCCACGUCAUCCGCGCUGUCAGGUCAUCAACCUACCGCGUGGAGGACCCAUCGCCUAUCAUACGGGCCAAACCUGCCUACACUUUGCCCGCAGUGUGUCUGAAGCGGAUGCCAUUUGCCCCAAGAGUGAAGCACCCUAUCCCGAGAAGUUGACGGUGGCCACUGCCUACCUGGACCUGUCGUCGGUCUAUGGAAACAACCCCUCGCAGAACAGGAAAGUUCGCCUGCUCAAAGGCGGUCUCCUGAAGACAAGCUACACGAAUGGCCAGCACUGGUUGCCGGUGAGCCAAAAUGAGAACGGCGAUUGCGGGAUCAAGAGCGAGUGCUACAGCGUGCCGGACAUUAGGAAUCAAUUCUCGCCCACCAUUACCCUGCUGCAGACUCUGCUGGUCCGGGAGCACAAUCGCCUGGCCGAGAACCUGGCGCUGAUUAACCCUCAUCACGACGACGAGCGCAUCUUCCAGGAGGCGCGCAAGAUUAACAUUGCCCAGUUUCAGAAAAUCACCUACUACGACUGGCUGCCCCUGGUCGUGGGUCGCACCUACAGCUAUCUGAACGGUCUCAUUUAUCCGGUCGAGCCAACUGAGUACGUGAACGACUACGAUGAGACGGUUAAUCCCGCUGCCUAUGCGGAGUUUUCGGCUGCAGCCUUCCGAUAUGCCCACACCCAGAUCCCCGGCUGGUUCUCGUUGGUGGCCCCAAAUCGCAACUCCAACCAGACUAUGCGCCUCAGCGAUUACCUCGAUCGAUCGGAGACCAUCCGCUUGCUGAAUACAGCCGACAACUACGAUGCCAUGUUGAGGGGUUUGGCCACUCAGUGCCAAAAGCGAUCGGAUGGGAAUAUCGAUCGGGAGAUCAAACACUAUUUCCACCGCAAGGAGUUCGAGGAGUACGGAUCGGAUCUGAAGUCUAUAGAUAUUCAGAGGGCUCGAGACUUCGGACUGGCCUCCUACAAUGAUGUGCGAGAGUUUUGCGGACUGCGACGAGCUGUGGAUUGGGCGGAUUUCGCUCACGAGAUUCCGGGAGAGAAAAUAUCACUAUUGCGUCGCCUAUAUGCCACUCCGGAUGAUGUGGAGCUGAGUGUGGGUGGCUCCCUGGAGUACCACGUCCCAGAGGCUCUAUUCGGACCAACUCUAUUGUGUGUGGUUGGAAAACAAUUCCUGAACACGCGACGCGGCGAUAGAUUCUUCUUCGAGCGGGAGAAUGCUGUAGGGUUUUCACGUGCUCAACUGGCGGAGAUCCGUAAAGUGAGUCUGGCCAGCUUGUUCUGCAACAACGCCAACUACCUGCAUCUAAUCCAGCCAAACGUUUUUGUGUUCCCAAACUCACAUAAUUUACUACUCAACUGCAAUUUUAUCCGGCAAAUUGAUCUUAGCAAAUGGCAGGAUCUCAGACCUGAACUUGUACACUAGAGUAUAAUACCUGUAUCUAAACCAAAUUGGUCAGCCCAAUUUGUAUUUUAGAUGCAAACACUUUUAUUUUCAACAUUUUCAUUUUAUUUUUCAUCGACUAUUUUAAACAAUAUCACAACGAAAUAAAGUGUUUUUGGACUUUGUUUAAAAAUAAGUAUGGCAACCUAUGAAUUCUAUUUCUAAUAUACAUCCCUUGAUA